AUGAACAAAACCGAUUUUACGAUAAACAAGAAAUCAAGCACCAUAGAUGUUCUCACGCGACCACCAACUGAGGGGGUCCCCACUCUUAUCAAGGAGCUGCGACCGUCGCGUUCUCUAUGUUUGCCAAACUCGGUCGAAAAGCCCCGGGCUCUCCUGCCGGAUCCGCUGAGCCGUGUUGAAGAAUUUCCGGACCUCGUUGAUGCCGUAAGAAACGGGAAUGUCGAGGGGAUUUCCUCCGCCCUCCUCCGCGGUGCCGAUCAGCAUCUCAUCCUCCCCGAAGAUGACUCCGAUGACCCUGGGGGAUCCUUGUUGACCCUGGCAGCUAGGUUAGGUCACGCCAUCGCCGUAUCGCUCCUUCUGGAGGCCGGGACACCUGUAGACCACAGAGGACGUGGAUCCCGAACGCCGCUCUACCGCGCCGCUUACAUGGGGCACGCAGACAUCGUGGAUACAUUGUUGGCAGCAGGGAGCAUUGCUGGAGGCGAGAGAGGCAGACUUUGGUCAGUUGUUCGUACUUGGGUUUAG